UGGUCAAUCCAUUCACGCGGCUUCGAUCAGAUUUGCCUGCAACAGGGUCAGAAGAGCAUAGUCUCUGCCAGAGAACUUCUGUCAGAGGGUAGCCGUCGAUCGAUCCAAAACUUGUGCUCCUGGCGUGCAGGGAGAGUUUGCGCCAGAGAGAGUCCUCCUCGGCACCUCGCCCGCGAGGCAUCACAGGCUUCUUCCGCCCGCCAGUGCGCCUCCAGUCCGCCACGUGCGCGUCGCAGCGAGCGUUCCGGCCAGCGACGAGCCGAAAGGCCGCCAGGAGAAGCAGCGCAGGAGAUCAGGAGAAUCCGAUAUCAGGGCUCGCCUGGCCAACCCGCCUACGCGCCUACUGCCAAAGCCGCGCGUUCAAGGCCCGUGCGGUGAGCGCAGCAGAGCAGCAGCGCAGGCGCGGGUGAGCAGGGCGUGAGCAUAUGGAGGAGCAGGGCGUCGUGGUGCGGCGGGUGAUGGACGCCGACAACAGCUGCCUCUUCAACGCCGUCGGGUACGUCACGGAGCGCACUCGAGACAAGGGCGCGCAACUGCGACAGGUGAUAGCGCGCGUGGUGGCGGCGGACGAGCAGCGGUUCACCGAGGCCGUGCUGGACAAGCCCAACGCCGCGUACUGCCACUGGAUCACUCGCCCCGACUCCUGGGGAGGUGGCAUCGAGCUAGCAAUCCUAUCAGAUCAUUUCGCCAAGAAAAUAGCGGCGUUCGACAUUCAAACAAAGCGAUGUGACGUGUACGGGCAGGACAAGUCAUACAGUGAGACCAUCAUGCUCAUAUACGACGGCAUUCACUACGACGCACUUGCGCUGUCCCCGUGUGAGGGUGCACCCGAGGACUUUGACCAGACCAUCUUCCCCGCCACUGCCGCUGCCGCCCUCCCCCCCGCCGUGCGCCGCAGUGCAGAGGCGCUUGUGGAGGCCGCACACAAGGCCAAGAGCUUCACAGACACGGCGCGCUUUGCGCUGCGCUGUGUGGUGUGCCAGCAGGGGCUGGUGGGGCAGGAGGAGGCAGUACAGCAUGCACAAGCAACAGGGCAUGCAAACUUCCAAGAAUACGCCUGAUCCAUGCUCCCCCUUCUUCUGUAUAGCACGGCUUGCCUACGGUUGUAUGACAAAAUAAUAACUACUGCCGACCAGUGGAUUUCCAGUGCACUGUACGUUUCCUUCCAAUCUAACUCAGCU